AUUGUGAAUGGCCUAGUAUCGACCAUUAAAUGAUGGUUAGUAGAACUUCACAUAAGCAACAAAUCCUUAAAUUGUUGCUGGGUUCUAAAUUCUUAGACAAAGUGUAGAUUUAGGAAUAUAGUAAAGUGAAUCAGCCCGUAAGAGCUCUAUGAAAGCAUAAGCUCUAGUAUCUAGACAAAGUUAGAUGAUAAAUUAAAUGAAAGUAGGCUAUACUAAUCAUAUUCUUAGGAAUAAAAAAUUAUGGUUAAGGAUGUCGUUGUACCAGUGGAUGCACCUACAUAGACAAAAUAAGAUGUUCUGAAAAAAGCUUAAAAUAAGGGAGAAGAGUAUAGGAAUAUGGAUGAGCAUAAGAUAGAUGUUUUGGUUUUAGCAAAUAGGUAAUUGAAUAAAAUAAUAUUUAUAUAGAUUAGGAACAAGUAAAGACGAAGGAUUAUCUGAUGAGUAAGCUGUGUAAAAGAAUCUUCAAUUUGGUGAUAAUAAAUUAACAGAAAAAAAAAAGACUCCAUGGUGGAUGAAAUUAUUAAAAGAAAUGUUUUAACCAUUUUCAAUUUUAUUAUGGAUAGCAUCAAUUGCAUGCUUUGUUUUAUAUGGAGUAAAUCCAGAUGCAUUAGGAGCAAAGUCUAAUUUAUGGUUGGGUAUAAAUAAAGAUUUAUUUAUUAGCAAUCAUUUUAAUUUUAAUUAUUUUAUUAACAGGAUCAAUUACCUACAAUUAAUCAGCAAAGGCAGAUGCUUUGAUGGAAGGCUUUAAGAACUUUUUACCAUAAAAUUGUAUAGUAAUUAGAGGAGGUCAAAGAAAGUAGGUACCAGCUGAGAAGAUAGUACCAGGAGAUAUAGUGGAAGUAAAGAUGGGAGAUAAGAUACCAGCUGAUAUUAGAGUUAUACAAUCUAGAGAAAUGAAAGUAGAUAAUUCUGCAUUGACAGGAGAAUGUGAUCCAUUAUUGAGAGUUACUGAAUGUACUGCUGAGAAUCCUUUAGAAACAAAAAAUUUAGCAUUUUUUGGAACAUUAUGUAAAGAAGGAUCUGGAUUAGGAAUGGUUAUAUAAAUAGGUGAUAAAACAGUUAUGGGUUAAAUAGCAGAUUUGGCAACUGGAGGAGAAACACCAGAUACACCAUUAAAUAUUGAAUUGAAAAGAUUUGUUAUUUUGAUUUCUUGUAUUGCUGUUGGUUUGGGUAUUUUGUUUUUGAUUUUAUCAUUGGUUGUUGAAAAAGCAUCUGUUGAUACAGCUGUUGGAUAAGCUAUUGGUAUUAUUGUUGCAAAUGUUCCUGAAGGAUUAUUAGGUUGUAUUACUGUUUCUUUAGCCAUCACUGCUAAAAGAUUAGCAGAUAAAUAAGUUUUAGUGAAGAACUUAGAAGCUGUUGAAACUUUAGGUUCUACAAGUUGUAUUUGUUCAGAUAAAACUGGAACACUUACUUAAAAUAAAAUGACUGUUGAAAAUGUCUGGUAUGAUGGAUUGAAAAGAAGAGCAUUAAAUAAACUUGUUGCAGGAAAAAAUGCAGAAUAUGAAUAUGAAACUAGCGAUCCAACUUUCAGAGAUUUACAUGAUUGCGCUAUCAUUACUAGUGAAGCUAAAUUUAAUAUUCAAGUUAAAGAAAAAACAAAUAUUAAUUGGCUUGAUACUCCUACUAUUGGAGAUGCUUCAGAAACGGCUCUCAUUAAAUUCUUUUAACCUAUUGAGGAUAUUGAAUUAACUAGAUAGAGAAGAUUAUUUGCAGAAUUACCUGAUAAAUCUUUAGCUAAAAUGCCAUUUAAUUCAACAAAUAAGUUUUCACUUUGUAUUGUUAAUUGGGAAACUCAUGACUCAUAUUAUUGUGUUUAUAUUAAAGGUGCCCCUGAAAAAUUAUGGACAUUCUGUAGUUAUCUCUUAGUAGAAGGUAGAAAUCAACCUAUUGAUGAAUAAAUUACUUAGAAAUUCAAAUAAGUCAAUUUAACAUUUGGUAAAGGUGGAGAAAGAGUCUUAGGAUUUGCUAAAUUACAUUUACCAAGAGCUGAAUAUCAUAAAGGGUUUUAAUUUAAUUUGAAUUCAGUGGAUACACUUAAAUUUAGAUUAGAAGGAUUCACAUUUUUAGGAUUAUUAUCAUUAAUGGAUCCUCCUAAAGUUACUGUCCCUAAUGCCAUUAAAAAAUGUUAAUCAGCUGGUAUCAAGGUUAUUAUGGUUACUGGAGAUUAACCACCCACUGCAGGUGCCAUCGCUAAAUAAAUUGGUAUCAUUACUGGAAAGACUGUUGAUGAUCUUUUAGAUGAGAAUCCAUCAAUGUCUUAUGAAGAUGCUUUUAGAAUUGCUCCAGCAAUAGUUAUUCAUGGAGAUCUUAUAGUUUAGGCUCUUGAAGAAGAAGCAGCAUAAGGUGAAAAUUUACCUGAAGAAAUGAAAGACAGAAAAUUAAGAAGUUGGUGCAGUAAACCUCAAGUAGUAUUUGCACGUACAUCUCCUGCUUAGAAAUUAAUGAUAGUUAGAGCUUGUUAAUACUUAGGUCAUGUUGUAGGAGUAACAGGUGAUGGUGUAAAUGAUUCACCAGCUAUAAAGUAAGGUGAUAUUGGUAUUUCAAUGGGUAUAAGUGGAUCUGAUGUAACAAAAGAUGCUGCAGAUAUGAUUCUUUUGAAUGAUGAUUUUGCAUCAAUUGUUGAUGGUGUUGAAGAAGGCAGAAAGAUUUUUGAUAAUCUUAAAAAGACAAUUGUUUAUCUUCUUACAUCCAAUAUUACUGAAGUAUUUCCAUAUAUUGGUGAAAUUGCUAUUGGAUUACCACUUCCAUUAAGUAAUUCAUUUAUUCUUACAAUUUGUAUUGGUACUGAUAUUUUGCCAGCUAUUUCAUUUGCUUAUGAAGAAGCUGAAAUUGAUAUUAUGACUCGUAAACCAAGAAAGAAGGAUGACCAUUUGGUGUCUUUAAGAUUGAUCACUCAUGCUUAUUUAUUACAAGGUGUAAUUGCUACAUCAGCAGGAUUCUUUAGUUAUUUCAGUACAAUGAAUGAAUAUGGAUUCCCUCCAUCACUUCUUUUAAAUUUUAUGAACAAACCUUAUUAAUCAAUACCUUGGAAUAAGGUAAUACUUGCAAAUGGAUAACCAUAUGCUCCAGCUCCUACAAGUUGGGUUUGGGAUAUGCCAAAUUUGAACAAGUAUUUAUCAUAUUAAUUCUUAGUCCUUUCUUAACCACAUAACCUUACAGUCCUAAUUGGCAAAUGGCACCUCUUUUAACUCCACCAUAAAACACUGACGGAACAUAUGAUUUAGAAAAUACUUAUGGAUUCUAAACUAUUCCAUUAAAUUGGAUUAAUCCAGAACUUAUCUAUUAUGAUUUAAGAUACAUUUUUGUCACUUAUGAGAGUUAAAGAUGGACUCCUGCAUUUGACUAAUGGAAUAAUCAAUAUUCUGAUUAUUUAUGUAGAUAUUUCGAUAGAUCUGAUUCACUUCUUGAAGGAUCUGGAUAUCCAAUUAAUACUAAUGCUUGCUUCAAAACUGCUGCACUUAAAUAUGCUUAAACCUCUUAUUUUGUUGCUGUUGUCUUAGUCUAAUGGUCCAAUGUGUUCAGUUGCAAAUGUAAUAAUCCUCAUUUAUUUUUAGAACGUAAAAUGUCUAUGAUCUAUUCCCCUAUUAAUAGAGUUAUGUUUUACGGUGUUCUAACUGAAACCAUUAUUUUCCUUUGCAUUGUAUACAUUCCAGGAGUUAAUACUUGGUUUGGUGCCAGACCUGUCGAUAUACUCAAUUUAGGGUAUUUCAUCUAUCUAUUUAAAUAGUAUGCCUGGACUUCCAUAUUCCAUGUGUCUAUUUUGCUGGGAAGAAACUCGUAAAUAUUUCAUUAGAAACUUCUAAAAACCCAACAAAUAUGAAGUCAACUUCUUUGAAGCAAAUUCACUAUGGUGAGUAUAUUGUAGUGACAUUAAUAUAAAUAAUAAAAUUACAUCAAA